AUGGCUGUGUCUGUGACUCGCUCCUACUACCGUAACUCAGUCGGAGGUCUUCUGGUGUUCGAUCUGGGCAACCGCAAAUCUUUCGAAAACGUGCAGCAGUGGUAUGCAGAGGUGUGUGAACGUGUGCAACCCUACACUGUGCUCUUUGUACUGGUGGGACACAAAAGUGACCGGGUCCAAGCUGGAGAGCGAGCCGUGGACCGAACUGAGGCAGAAAAGCUUGCAAGCCAAUUGGGAGCGCCGUACAUCGAGGCCUCAUCAAAAACAGGUCACAAUGUGAAAGAGGCCUUUGAACUCUUGACCCGGAGGGUUUAUCAGGGCAUAAAAAGUGGAGAGAUCCAGUUGCGUGAGGAGUGGGAUGGAGUCAAGAGCUCAGCACCUAGAGCCCAAACACUCCAGAAGAUACAAAACAAUGAAGCCGCUGAGAAAAACAAGAGCUGUGCUUGUUAACUUACAAUAUGUGGUUCUCGCAAAUUUUGUGUAGACCUUCAAAUAGGAUGGAUGUGUCUGACAUUGCCAAAUACACAUAAAAGCAAAUGUAAAGGUCUUUCAGAUUGUAGGUAUAUACAGUAGUCAACAUUGGAAGUGGAUCAAAAAAGUUAAUCAAAACUGUACUAAGACAAGAACGGUUUUAGGACAACUUUGAUUAAAGGUUUUGAUCCGCUUUAAAUGUUGACUAGUGUAUUAGAAUUUGUGCUUAUCUGCAAGAUAUCAGCAUUUGUGAACCACACUGAAACUCAUGAUUAACAUCAUAUAUACAUGCAUAUGUACAUUUAAUUUCCAAUUGUUUGUUCGUAUUUCUGGGAUCAACAUUGGAUAAAGGUGUCUUUAUUAGUGUGGCAACAGUGUUACUGCAUCAGUUAAAGAUUUUACCUGCUAUUCAUCAUAUUAUGUCAUAUUAUUAAGGCCACGUAUUUCCAUAAGUAUGGAUGUAUUUUUGCUGAUACAGACAUUCUGGAGGUAUUUAAGAGUUAAACUAUUCACUAAUAUAUACAUAC